AUGAAUAUGAAGAGUUAAAUUAAAAGAAUAGCGUUACUUUCUAUAGAUUUUCAUUUGGACAAUAACUCAUAAGCUGCAUCACUCAAUAAGCUUCAUACGAGAGUUGGAGGAGUCACCAAAUAAUUGAAGAUAAAAAUAUUUAAGAAUUAAUAAUAAUAAUAACCGAAUUUUAGUGAUUCAAAAAAAAAAAUCAAUUUCUAAAAUGAAUGGAAAAAUCGUAAAUAAAAUAAAAUAAAAUUAUACAUUAACAAAUGUGAGGAAUAGAAACAAUUCGCCUAAAUGCAGAAUCUAGAAUAAAUAACUAAAUGA